GGGUGCAGGGUAUAAACGUGCGGCAGCUGCGCUGCGAACACAGGAGCCGGCGAGCCCAGCGGAGCCGCCCACUAGCACUAGCGCCUCCAGCCGAGACCCUUCCCGGAUUCCGGAUUCCGCGCGCGCGCACCCCGCAGGCCGCCAAUCGAGAGGAGGGUCCGCGCGGCAGUCGCGGGACACAACCCCCGCGGGCGGUGGAGAGGAAGAGGACCGUGAGGCAUGAGCGUCGCGGCUACGUCGGGGCCCAAUGAAUCGUGGUGGGCGCCGGCCAAUACGUCGGGCUGCCCCGGCUGCGGUGUCAACACCUCAGACGGCCUGGCCCCUGCGCCGUGGCUCCUGGACGCCUGGCUCGUGCCGCUCUUCUUUGCUGCACUGAUGUUGCUUGGCCUGGUCGGGAACUCGUUGGUCAUCUACGUAAUCUGCCGCCACAAGCAGAUGCGUACGGUGACUAACUUCUACAUCGCCAACCUGGCAGCCACCGAUGUGACUUUCUUGCUGUGCUGCGUGCCCUUCACGGCCCUGCUCUACCCGCUGCCGGCCUGGGUCCUGGGCGACUUCAUGUGCAAGUUCGUCAACUACAUUCAGCAGGUCUCUGUGCAGGCCACUUGCGCCACUCUGACCGCUAUGAGCGUGGACCGCUGGUACGUGACCGUCUUCCCGCUGCGUGCCCUCCAUCGGCGCACGCCUCGCCUGGCCCUGGUCGUGAGCCUCAGCAUCUGGGUGGGCUCUGCGGCAGUAUCUGCGCCGGUGCUCGCCCUGCAUCGCCUGUCGCCGGGACCACGCACCUACUGCAGCGAGGCCUUUCCCAGCCGCACUCUUGAGCGCGCCUUUGCACUCUACAAUCUGCUUGCUCUCUACCUAUUGCCGCUGCUCGCUACCUGCGCCUGCUACGGGGCCAUGCUGCGCCACCUGGGCCGGGCCGCCGUGCGACCAGCGCCCACCGAUGGCACCCUGCAGGGGCAGCUGCUGGCUGAGCGGGCGGGAGCUGUGCGCGCCAAGGUCUCCAGGCUGGUGGCUGCGGUGGUUCUGCUCUUCGCUGCUUGCUGGGGUCCCAUCCAGUUAUUUCUGGUGCUGCAGGCGCUGGGCCCCACGGGCGCCUGGCACCCUCGCAGCUAUGCCGCCUACGCGCUCAAGAUCUGGGCACACUGCAUGUCCUACAGCAACUCAGCGCUGAACCCGGUGCUCUACGCGUUCCUGGGUUCCCACUUCCGACAGGCCUUCCGACGCGUGUGCCCUUGUGCACCUCAACGCCAACGCGGGCCCCGUGGGCCUGUACCCUCGGAUCUCCAGGUCCCCAACAUGGAGCUGCACUGCUUGGCUGCACGCCCGGCACCCACCAGGACGCCAAAACCCAGGAGCAGUGGGGCAGCAGGGAGGGUGUGCAUACUA